AUGGCACCUCAACGUGGCCCGACGAAAAGGACAGAAAAGCGACUGGUUUUGUGUUUUGAUGGCACGAGCAAUAGAUUCAAGGGAAAUGAGACAGAUACCAAUAUUGUGAAGAUUUAUGAGAUGCUGGACAGGAACAUACCAGAUCAAUUUCAUUAUUACCAACCUGGCAUCGGCAGUUAUGUGGAAGGACAAAUGUCCAACUCCUCUGGUGGGAACAUUUUCACGAGAGCGAGGGGUUUGAUUUCAACCUCAGUGGAUUCUGCCUUUGGUACAUCUUUUGUACAGCACGUCAUCGCAGGGUACCGGUUUCUCAUGCGUUAUUGGAAUGAAGGGGAUAAGAUAUACAUAUUUGGGUUCUCGCGUGGAGCUUACACAGCGCGUUUUCUGGCAGAGAUGCUGUGCAAUAUUGGACUCUUGUCUUGCGGCAACGAGGAGAUGAUACGCUUCGCUUGGUCAACCUUUAGCGAUUUUCAGACGAAUCGUUCCAAGGACCCCAGUUUCAAGGCGUUCAUGGAGAAGUUCAAAGAAACUUUCUGUCGUGGUGCUGUUAAACCGCACUUUCUGGGCCUCUUCGAUUGCGUCAAUAGUGUUGGCCAAUUUGACAUCCCUCUGUUCCGAACCUCUCUACCAUAUAUGCCUAUGUCACCAGCAAAGCAUAUUCGUCAUGCUAUUGCAAUCCAUGAAAGGAGAUUGAGAUUCAAGUCUGCGCACUUUUUAUUCGAUCUAAAAGCGCCGAUCAAAGAUGAUAUCAAAGAAGUGUAUUUUGCAGGGAAUCAUGGCGACGUCGGUGGUGGAUGGAGUUGUAAUGGAGAGAAGUAUCUUCUGUCAGAUAUCACACUUAGAUGGAUGGUGCAAGAGGUGCUGGAUCUGCCAGACACUGUAAGCUUAUCCAGUAAUCUUGCGUACCGGAAUCUCAAUGCCACAAAACCUAUCAGAGAAGGGCCAUACCAUUUCAGAGAUUUGGUACACGAUUGCUUGCCAUUUGGUGGAGGCUCAGGCUGGUUUGAAGUAUUGGCAUGGUGGAUCGUUGGUAAGUGGACAUUCUUGGCCUUAUCCAAGCAACUGAGCACUAAUAACAAUCAAGAGUGGGUCCCUUUCUCAUACGGCUACAUCAGUGACGGAAAAUGGGUUUCACGGCAAUUGCCUCCUAAUCUAGGAUCAAGACGUGACAUUCCAGUCGGUGCAGAUAUUCAUCCUUCAGUCAUGAUGAUGAACCGUGCAGGCGUUCUGCCAGAAGAUCAAAUGCCGAGGAUGGGAGGAGAGGAACUAUAUAACGCUCAGAAGCCUCUCUCGUUUCUUAGACCUCUGAUCAAGGUGCCUAAAACUAAGAAGCCGAAACCAGAUGAAAUCAACGCUCUUCGCAGCGGAGAGAGUUUGGAUAGUGAAGAGUCUGGAAACAGAUGGUCAUUUGACCGGAUGAUGGAAAUUGGGGCCAAAACAUGGGACUUGUUGUAA